UUAGGCCAAACAUCAGACAAUAAACGUGGGUGCAACAAGUUUAAAGAUUUUUUUUUUUACAUCUGAUUGGAGUUUGUGCAAAAUUAGUUAUAUAGAUUUAUUAUAUUUAGAAAUUGUGACAUGAACUCUAGUCGUUAAUUAAAUUUAAUAAAAAUGUUUAAAACUUAGAACGUUUGAACGUAUAAAAUUAAUUUUGUUGAGUGAAGUUUAAUAGUUGUGAGGAUUUCUUAUCCAUAAUGUGUAGCAACGAAAGCCCUCCACCGACCAAAGAGCCUUUGGCAAUUGGUUUAGGUGUUGGAAAUCCAAUGGCUGGAUUCUUACCAUUUGAACAUUAUCGGCUUCAAUUGUACCAUUACGCAUCAAUGGCCGAGAGACUAAGGUUAGCCCAACAAUUACAUCCGCAACAUCAUGGAGUGGGACAUCCUACAUCUGGAGGACCAGGAUCUCAUCUAGGAAUGUCAGGUUUUCCAGCACCGCUUCCACUGUAUCCAGCUGCUGCAGCGGCGGCCGCUGUCGCAAGUUAUCCUAACAGGCUUGCUUUGUCAAUGGCUUUGCUGCAUCCUCAUCAUCCACGGAUGCCCGAAGAGCCAAAGCCACAGCACAGUUAUAUAGGACUCAUUGCCAUGGCAAUUUUGUCCUCACCGGAUAAGAAGCUUGUGCUAUCAGACAUCUAUCAGCACAUUCUAGAUAACUAUCCUUAUUUCAGAAGUCGUGGUCCAGGAUGGAGAAACUCCAUCAGACAUAAUUUAUCAUUAAAUGACUGUUUUGUUAAAUCCGGAAGAAGUGCUAAUGGUAAAGGCCACUAUUGGGCCAUUCAUCCGGCAAAUUUGGAAGACUUUCGACGGGGUGAUUUUCGCCGACGCAAGGCUCAAAGAAAAGUACGUCGGCAUAUGGGUCUCGCGGUUGAUGAAGAACCGGACAGUCCAAGCCCACCACCUUUACCAGCAACUCCUCCGCCACCGACGGGUUUAGUCGGUCCGCCAGUUACAUCACAACCAAUAACAGCCAUUUGGAGUCCUCAUCAUCAUCAUCACCAUCAUCAUCAGCCUCAACAGUCCAAUCAUCAGCAAUUACAGCAGCUAUCACCAGAAAGUCAACAACAUUCACAGCACCAACAUCAACGUCAAAUUCAAAAUCAUCCCUUACUACGAAUGUCUUAUCAGCCAUCUCGUAAACGGCAAUUUGACGUCGCUAGUCUUCUUGCUCCAGAUGAUCAACAGCAAAUAGACGACGUUGAAACGGUUGUUUUAAGAACAACCAAAACGCGUAAAUUCAGCUGCAGUGAGGAUGAACAUGAAACAGAUCAUAUUGAUCAAGAUGACGAAGAUGUCGAUGUGGACGUUGAAGCGAAUCCGUUACCUUCACCUGGCACACCCAGUGCAAGUCCGGAUGCUAAAAUGAUUUCACCAAACAAUCAGUGCGAUUGGAAUGAGCCGACGGCGAUCAAAGCGGCGCAACCACUUUCGACAAUGCAUCUUCACAAUCAUUUGCAUAUAAGAAAUUAUUAUAUACAAGCGAACGCAACGUCAACUUCCAGCGUUUAGAGAAUCAGACUUCCAUAUUAAUAAAUAUAUUUAUAAAUUGUGUACAUAAAAUUUUAAUAUUGUAAAUAGUAAAAAAAAAAAAUUAAAAAAAUGCUGAUCUCGGCUGUUUAAAGUGUAAUAUAAUAAGUGUAAAAUAUGUAUAUCAAUAGUAUGUAAUUUUGAUUUAUAAAAAUAUGACAAUUUAAAAUUAAUUGUGUACUAAUUCAACAAAAAAUUUCGUCAUAAAAUCAUUCCCGCAAAAAAAAAUAUCAAUUAAAAAAUAUAUAAAAACUAAAUCCAAAUAAAUCGUAUAAAUUGUAUGUACUUUAAAUGUAUGUACAAAUUGCGUUUAUAAUAAUGUAUAUAUAGAAUUAAGACAGAUAAAUUAAUAGAUAUGAAAAAAUAUUGAAAUCAUAAAAAAUAACAGAUGCAAUAUGACGUUUUAAUAAAAAUUUG